UCCUAAGACGGCAAUGUCUAUGUUAAAGCAAAUGGCAAAUACUAGAUUUGUUGAGAGUGCUGAAGCACAUUUUCGUCUUAACAUUGAUCCUAAGUAUAAUGAUCAACAGCUAAGAGCAACUGUGAUUUUGCCCAAGGGAACUGGGCAAACUGUUAAGGUGGCUGUUCUUGCUCAAGGUGAAAAGGUUGAGGAAGGAAAAAAUGCAGGAGCAGAUAUUGUUGGUGGCGAGGAUUUGAUUGAACAGAUAAAAGGAGGAUUCAUGGAAUUUGACAAGUUAAUUGCAUCCCCAGGUAUGAUGGUUAAGGUUGCGAGCCUAGGAAGGAUUCUAGGACCACGGGGUCUCAUGCCAAAUCCAAAAGCUGGCACUGUUACACCAAACAUCGCUCAGAUCUCACCUCUUUUGCAUGCCCUAAGCAUAUCAUCUUUGUGAAUAUGCAUUUCUGCAAAUACAAAUAUAUCAACUUAAUUUGGAUGAAAUUGCAGCCUUAUGAUAAACGGAACUUAAAAUUCAGCUGCUCAAUUAAAUGUUUUAUUGUAUC